AUGGCGCCUGCGAACUCCGGGACAACAGAGAGAAACUUGCAUCUCGGGAGAAACGGUAGUUGUUCCUUCGCUUUCCUUUUUCUCGCUUCGUCGUCCCGCUCUUUCCUGUCUCUGUCUUCUUCCUCGUCUUCUGAGACUCCCUUAGCUUCACACGCCGCCCUAGAGAAGGACGUCUCCGACCGCCUAGCCGUUCUCGAGAGCGCCGGCGACCGCACGCUGGCGGGGGCCUUGGCGAUGCGGCUUCUGCGGUCUCCACUGGACGCCAUCCAGGCUUUCAUGAGCGAGGAAGUGCACCAGUUUCUCAAGGCCAGUUCGCUUCCUUUCUCUCCCGCGUGUCCAGAGACUGACAGCGUCGCCGGGUCUUUGAAUCAUUGCGGCCAGGAUGCCGUCGACGCUCACCGGCGAUUCCAGGCGGCGUGCUGGGCGGUGGCGGCUGUUCUCUCUGCGAGGCCCGACGGACGAAGGGCGCAGCUUCGAAACUCGCAGUCGUUCUUCUGGAUCCACUUUGUCGCCCAUAUGACAGGCGGAAUCCUGUCUCUCUCGCGGAUUCUUCUCUUCACGGCUGCGCAAGGCCGCGGACAGAUCCUUCGCUGUGAGCCUGGUCCUCCCCCGUCCAUCGACGCGCAAACCCUGAAGGAAGAAACGGUUCAGAGACCGCAUCUUUGGAAAGGCCGCUGGUCUCGCGAUAGCCAGGGGGAAAGCGAGGACACACCGUCGGGCUCUCACGGCCCCGGGAGAUCUGGCCCGGACGAAAAGACGGAGAACGCGCGCAAGCUAUGGCGGCCCGAAAACGGCAGUCCGCAUUCGAGCUCCACUGUGUGGGAUGUGCAGGACAAAGCCGAACAGGACCUUGAAGUCGACCGGAUAUGGGAGGAGGUCUGUUACCGCUUGGCGGUUCUUGGGCGUUUGUUGGGUCUGUAUCGCGGCCAAAGUUCCGGCGUCUCCUCCUCGCGCGCCGACGCGUCUCCGCGUGUUUCGUCUCCGUCGCUGCGCGUUUCAGGCAGUCGAAAUGCUCGGGCGUCGCCACACGCCGACGCUGCAGUCUCUCCCCCUCUCUUUCCUGACGCCUCCUUAUUCCGGGAGGCCCUGAGGAGAGAACAUUUGGUGGCAGAGAAGCGAGCGGUGCUGUCACGACUCUUGAGCGAAGUCGACUGUCUGUACACUGAGCACCUGCCGCUCUUUGCGAGCCGCGUGAAUCCUCUCUUCCGUCAAAUCUGCGAUACCCUCCGUUUCCUCAACGCCGAACAGAGUGGCGGAACCGAGCGCGAGUUUGCAUCCCCAGACGUGAAAGUGUUGGACUCUCAGCUGAUGACGCCGACCUCGCCUUCUCCCGACUGUUUUGGAUCGACGCGACAGUUCGCAGACAGCCUUCCCGAGGAGCUGCGACUGCAGACUUCAGGACACCGGGCUGUGGAGGCGCUGGAAGUCGUCCGGCUUCUCUCCUUCCUCGUGCGGUGUCUCCGGUCACUCCCCCGGCACGAUGCAAGCGCCCUGGAGGCCCAAGCGACGGGACGGAAAGAGGCGCAGCUUCCGUCGAGCGUCGAUGAGAGCCACACGGCGCUCUUCCGCGCCCCACGCCUCAUCCGUCUUCUUCGGAGACACAUUGCAUGCAUCGCGCGCCUCGCCCUCGUCGGGUGCCUACCCCCCGCCUCGCCGCCGGCGGCCGCCUGCCUCGCGCUGCUCGACGGCAGGCGCCAGGGCGAGAGGCCCCAGAGGCUCGCGCAUGCAAAAGAGUCGGCGACGGCGACCUCUGCGAGGAGCGCCACGUCGAGGCAGGCCUCUCGCGAGGUUUUGGAAACGCACCGGGAGAGUCUUCAGAGAGAAGAGUUAUCGACGGGCGAAUGGGAUUCAAACGGACUUGGAGAGGAGGCGCAUGCAGGCCAAGGGUCGCAGGAGCAGGGAGCGGCUGCGGGCCGCACUGGGGCUGCACAACGCUGGCCAGCGCCUUUCAGUUCUGCCUCGCAGACGAAGGACCGCUUGCUGGAGCAUGCGGCGCGGUGUGGGGAAGAAGCACAGACGCGGCGAGCGGAGACGCGGCGAGCGGAGAUGCAGGGGGGAGCGCCCUCUGGAUCUGCAUGCGACGGGGAGAACGGGAGAGAGGAGCCGGUUCCUCUCUCCAUUCGAAAGGCCCGAGGCCGUAGGCGUUUCGCGUGCAUCACUCUCCAGGACGCAACGAACAAUUUAAGCAGUGCCUUGGACAUCUGCAAGCACGAUGCACCUGCUUGCUUCGUUCACUGCCAGAAACUCCUCUGGUGUCUCGAGCGGCUGUCGAGUCUCGAGACAGCGACCGCGGAAGCGAGCGCUGGACGUGGACUGGGCACCGACAUCCCGUCUGACGUCCUUCACGUGAUCGCGGAGCUUCUUGACUGCAAAAUGGACAAGCUGCACGACCGCGAAAAGCGGCAGUGGCCGCGUUCCGCUCGUGCAAACCGAGACGUGGACGAGGCCCGGACGGAUCCCGAGGCGUUGCCUGUCGGCACUGGCGCCGUGGAGACGCGUGCACGCGACGCGAGGGAUCCCUGCCCCCUGGAGAGCCGCGUCGAGGCUCUGGGAAGAAGGCGGCGGCGGAGCCGGACUGCUGCGCCCGGGUACCAGACGAGAGGCGUGGAGGCAGCGACAGGCGACAGUCCGACGGCGGCGCCGCAGACACUGAGCGUGGGGCGAGAACGACUCUGUGAGCCCAAAGACACUGUGUCAAACAAGGAGACCCCUUGGGCCGCUGCUCAAGUCGCGUGCCCGGCGCGCGAGUCUGUCGAGGCUCCGGACGCGGUCACGGACGCUCUCGGAAACAGCGACGCAUCCCUUGAUCUCGAGGACCUAGAAGAAGAAGAGGAACCGUUCUUGCUUCUGCACAACAUGCUCGAGCGUCAGAAUCCGUACGCGUUUCCUCACCUUCUCUCCCGGUCGAGUGACGUUGGGGACGAACUCGGGUCGUUCACCGCUGUGGCGCUGGAAGAGAGGGAAAAGCAACACCAGUUCGCGCACGAAACGGUGCUUCCGUUUCACGCGCGUCUGGCAUGGCCGCGAAACUCCGAGCCUCUCGACGGUCGCUGCCGCGCGACGGACGAGGGAACGCCAAGAAGCGUGGCGGAGGGGAGUGUCUGGGCAACGGCGCCCUUCGCGUUCCUUGCGGGAAAACGCGCGCGGUACCGCGAGCUGGAGAAGGACCAGCAACGCGUGGCUCAACGCCUGGCAGGGGGGAGGGCCGGGCCGAGCCAGCCGUCUUCGGGGGCUGACGGCCCGUGGCUGGGAGGCGCGGACAGCCACGAAUGGUGGGUUGUGGGCGGAGAUGUUCAGCCUGUUCCUCUCUGCGCCGCGGCCGUGUCGCCGGCAGGCUCCACAGGAGACCGCAUGGCAGGCGAGGGCCAGAGUGCAGGAGGCGAGCGCGGAAGGACGCGGCUGGGUGAAGGACUCGAACUGGCCUCGCAGCCCCUUUCGCGGGCGCAACUGAAUGGGGUACGGAAGGAAGGGAAGGACAGCGCGGCGAAGCAACCGAAUGUCGACGUGUUCCGUGCAGCCAGAUUGGCCGAGUUGGAGCAAGCAACGAAGGAAGCUCUGGGAGCUCUUGUGGUCUCCUGUUGUUUUCCGCAGGGGAAAAAGCUGUCUGCGAGGUCCUUCCAAACUGCGCUGUUGUCGGCGAUUGGAGCCCAGAACGCAGAAAGCCUUCCCGACGCCCUCGUGGGACAGAAAGUACGGGGCGACGCUCUGUCGCUCAUCUGGCCGCAGAUUCGCCAGCUGGCUCGCUUGCUGAGGGCCUGGGAAGACUGCGGUCCUGUGUUCGUUCCUGCGGUCAGUGUCAGUACACCGUGUGGCGCCGUGGGGGACACUCGGCUGAGUGAUUGUGGAGGCAGCAGCGAGGACCGGAUGUGGGGCGACGCCCUGUGCAAGAUUGAGGGACCGGGGAGAAAUGGAACGGGGGACGCCGCUGCCCAGUGGCGCUUGCCAGGAGUCUGGGGGCGCGAGGGCCGUGCUCAGGCAGCUGUCGGAGGGACUGAGGACGAGCUCCACAGUGCCCGGCGGCCAACUGCGAAGCCUCCAGAUAUUUUGCCCCUGUUCACACGCCCACGAGGUGGACGUUUUCCGCUCUCCGUGUACAGUGUCGAGCGGCGCUACUGGGGAGCCGGAGACAGGAAAGACACCUCACACUGGUUGGUCUCGGAGGUUCUUGUUCUCCUUCGAAAGCUGCAGAGAGCCGCUUCAGAGCUGACUAGUGCUCUCGAACAGCACUCUGUUCGAACGGGGCAUCUGUUGCCACAGGUGGUUGCCAGCAGGGAGGCGGAGAGUCUCCUCUUGACGGUCGUACAGGGCUUGACUUCUGCAGUGGGCGAGGCGCCGCCUCGCCCGCGCCUGGGCAGGCACAGCCUCGCUCAAGAGGCAAGUGCCAGCCGAGGCGAACUCCACAGUUUGGUUCAAAACGAGCUGUCUUUGGUCGCAGGCGAGACAACACCCGAGACACUCCAGCAAGGGCAAGGAGUGGACGCAAGAGGCCAGGUGCACUCACGCGCUAUGCUCCUACAUGCCACGACCGGCGCUGUGUACGGCUCCCUGUCUCGCGGCUGGCAAUGGCUUAUUCUGCAGCGAUUAGGAAGACACCCCGUCAUCCCCAGGAGCUCGGCGCUCGACAUCGAAAGUAGACAACGAUCCAAAGAAGCAAAGGCAGGUCUUCUCAGCAUUCAACAUCUGAAAGGCCCGUCGCUUUCCUUCGUGUCUCCGCCAGUGUCUCCUCUGGCCCUUCUCGUGCCGCCUCGCCCCCGGCGCAGCGACAGCAAAGGCCCUCUGUCGGCGGCGCUUCUGCCAACCGCGUCUGGCGCACGCGUGCUUCUUGAUCCUCACCCUGAACUCCUCCGCGAGCUAGGCCGGCGACCGAAACCGGCACAAGGCAGAAUGGAAGGUUGGCUAGCUGAAAGAAGGAAGCAACGGGAUAAAGACGAAGGACUGUGGCUCCGGCGUAUUGAUAAGCUCCACAGCCUUCUCACUAUGACCCUCCGAGCCCCUCGAGGGGCCGGCGGUGUCAACAACGAAGGCAUGCGUUAA